AUAAAACAUACCAACUGAGAACAUGGCCGACGUAAACAAAGUUACAUUUCAUUCGAAGAUCAUAUGCGGAAUGUUUGUCUUUACACAGUAAGAGUUGAAAACACUAUGUUCUGAGUAUGUCUCCAACUGUUACUGGCGCCAAGAUGAACGACGAAGCUAUACUCGAGGCUGAGAUUCAGCAAGAACUUGAGAUGAUUAACCUUGAUGCUGAGAACCCCCAGGAUGGAGACGCUGGCCUUCUGGAAGUGGACCGUGCACUUCCUGAAAAUAUUGAUCAUGUUGAUGAUCCAGAGAGUUUACCUAACAUAGAAGACUACUUGAUCUGUAUGCGCAACCAGACAGACAGGUUUGAACAGGAGUUGUUGGAGUGUGAUGACCUUCUCAAUCACCAUCCUGCAGGAAUAUCAGUCGGCUUUGCGUGA